AUGGGCUCUUCGGGCGCCGGCAAGACCACCCUCCUCAACGUCCUCACCGCCCGAAACCUCUCCAACUUUGCCGUAGAGGGCUGCGUGAAAAUCAACGGGCAGACGGCGGACGUGGACAUGAUCACCUCGGUUUCGGCGUACGUUCAGCAGCAGGACCUUUUUCUGGCGACGCUGACCGUCCGCGAGCACCUGGUCUUCCAGGCGAUGCUGCGCAUGAACGCCGCCAUCAGCCCUCGGGAGAAGGCCGAUCGCAUCGUCGAGGUGAUGCGCGAGCUCAGUCUGGAGAAGUGCGCCGACACCAUCGUCGGCGGGACGAUGAGCACCGGCAAGGGCAUCUCGGGGGGUGAACUGAAGCGUCUCGCUUUUGCCGUCGAAAUUCUCACCAACCCCUCGAUCAUGUUCUGUGACGAGCCCACCUCCGGCCUGGACGCCUUCAUGGCGGCCAACCUGGUGGAGUACCUCAACAAGAUGGCCUCCAAGGGGCGCACUAUCAUCUGCACCAUUCACCAGCCGUCGACGGACGUCUUUAACCUCUUUGAGAAUCUGCUGCUAAUGGCCGACGGCCAGGUGGCCUACAUGGGCAACACCCAGCAGGCGUUGGAGUACUUUAAAAGCUGCGGCUUGCCCUGUCCGCUCAACUACAACCCGGCCGACUUUUACGUCCAGGAGCUGGCGGUCAUUCCGGGGAAGGAGGAGGCCUGUCACGAAAAGAUCGACAAGAUCUGCAGCUACCACCGGAAGCUGCACCCAAUGUCGGGCGAGGCGCAGCAGCAGCAGACGACUUUUGUGCAGAAAACGGUCACCACCUCCUACAAAAUUGUGGCCACCAUCCUGGGCAUCUUCUUCUGGGGCCAGGAGCUGAAUGAGCGCGGCGUGAUGAACAUCAACGGCGCCCUCUUCAUUUAUCUCCUCAAUCUGUCCAUGCAAAACGCCUUUGCGGUGGUCAAUGUCUUUUGCUCUGAGCUGCCCGUCUUUCUGCGCGAGUACGGCUCUGGCAUGUACCGCCCCGACUCGUACUACGUGACGAAGAACCUGGCGGAGAUGCCAAUCUUUGUGCUGCUGCCCAUCUUUGUUGGCUGCAUCAACUACUACAUGAUUGGCUUCAACAAGGACGUGGACGCUUUUCUCUACCUCAUCGUCGUCGGCAUUGUCAUCUCCUCCAUUGGAGUAUCCUACG